AUGCCUCGUGCCAGGAUCAAACGGUUGCCUGCUGCCAUUCGAAUCGGACAACCGACCGCACCAGCUAGAGGCAAUAGUAGUUUAAGUGAAGUGUGAAGUGAAACAAGCGUGAAAAAGGGUGCUUGUGUGUUGUAGUGAUCGCUUAUACGAUCGUAUUGUGUGAAGAAAUAAUAUUUACUACAAAUCCAUAAUGAGAAUUAUCAUUGAAGAGCACCCGAACGUGUUGGAUGUCUCGGAGCUGCUACGUCCCGAGCCAAAGUUCGUAGACAAGGAAGUGUCCAAGUUCCGGGACUAUACGGUCGAUGAAACCGAUCCGCUGAAGGAGCGUGUCCGGCGCACGUACAAGCUGAUGCACACCCAUCAAACGGUUGACUUUGUCAAAGGUCGCCAUGCCGAUUGGCUUAAAUUCGAUCACUUCAAGGCAACCGUGCGGCAAGCGCUGGAGAGGCUGAACGACCUGGUCGACGAGUCGGAUCCGGAUCUCGAUCUGCCGAAUAUUGUGCACGCGUUCCAGACGGCCGAACGGGCCCGUGCCGAGUUUCCCGAGCUAGACUGGUUGCAUCUGACCGGGCUGAUUCACGAUCUCGGCAAGGUGAUGGCAUUCUACGGCGAGCCCCAGUGGGCGGUGGUGGGCGAUACCUUCCCGGUCGGGUGCGAAUGGGGCCCAAGCAUUGUGUAUCGCGAGGACAGCUUCGUCGACAAUCCGGAUGGAGCAAACCCGAAGUACAACACAAAGAAUGGAAUGUACGAACCCAACUGCGGGUUGGAGCAACUGACCAUGUCCUGGGGCCACGACGAGUAUCUGUAUCGAGUGCUGAAGCACAACGGUAGUACUCUGCCCGAGCAGGCGCUACACAUGAUUCGCUAUCAUUCGUUCUACCCUUGGCAUUCCGGUGGCGACUAUCAUCAUCUGACCAACGAGAAGGACGAGCAAACCAAGCAAUGGGUGCUGAUGUUCAACCGGUAUGAUCUUUACACCAAAUCAACCACGCUGCCAGAUAUUGAGGCAUUGUGGCCCUACUACCAAAGCUUGAUCGAUAAGUACUGUCCUGGAGAGUUGGAGUUUUAGGCUGGAAGUGUUACUAGAGAGAGUUCGAAUCAAAUUCUAUUGGAUUGGAACACACUCACAAUCGUGCCAUUUUUUAUAGGUAUAAUUUAGUAACACCGUAACAAGUGGAAUACCGUUAAAAUCUUAUCUUUUUACCUCAACAAACACGUGUACCUAAGGUCAAAUAUGGUAAUCUGUUUUCAUCAUGCAAGUAAACUGUGAUGCAUUUAACAAUGAUUCCGAUCUUCGUUUCUAAAUCUAUGAAAUUGUUGUUACUAUAGGAUAACCAGCAUAGUAAAGUGCCGAGAUUUGGAAAAAUAAAUGACUCUUUAUCUUAACUACGGAAAA